AUGAACGGCCAGAACUCGAGCUUGACCUCCAGCGGCAGCGAGGGUGCUGCUCUGCCAUGGAUCCUGGAGCAUCUCCUGGCAUACCCCGGCAGCUAUGAGAUCCCUCUACGCACCAUGUACACGCUCAACUCUUCUCCCCGGACAGCAGACCUAUCCAGCGGGUCUCCUUCUUUGAACGGUUCUGCUUUUUCAAAAGGUGGCUCAACUCCAUCUCCAGCCAGCUCUGCACCGUCCUCGCGUCAUGAAAAACACGGAUCUAGCGAUUCUACCAUGUCAGACACCGCUGCUCGGUUUAAGGCCCAAAUGAUGGCCCAGAUAGCUCAGCUACCAUCACAGCCAGCUUCUCUUCCACCAAGCUUUAUCACCUCAUUUGUUCGACGGUCUUUCCCACCUGUACUAGAGGAGGUGGAUUUCCCACAGGCUCUGACUGCGCUAGAUUACCUUAGAGACCUAGAAAACCGCCGCAAGAGAGAAGUUGUUAACGCUUUUGAUAGACUGGGGCUUACUGGAACCGACAGCGAGAGACUGGAGCUCUCCAGACGGUACCCUGGUGUCCUGGCCUGGGUUAAGAAUAUUGAAAGAAACGAGAGAGACGUUAUUGCCCUCUACACUCAAGUAUAUCUUCGCAUCAGAUAUUGGGCACUAGUGAAUGAGAUGCUUCUCACUCCAUUUAACAGAUACAAUUGUAUUGCCCUAUUGAAUACUCUGUUCCCUCCGCUGGAUUCAAGACCACCAACUCCACAUCUCAAUGGGAAGCUUCUGCUAGAUCAUCGCAUGCGAUUCUAUGACUAUAUCUGCUCCUUUGAGAAAAAGGGGGUACAGGUACUAAAACAUGUCAUUGAACAAGACAAACGACCCGGAGAGAAGACUGGCUGGCCAGUUGCUAGAGGCAUGAUAGAUAGCUAUCUCAACUUGGCAAACAGCAUCAUCAACGAAUGCUCUGAGGUCACCGGGUGCCAACACUUUGAAGAAGCCACCGAAGCAGGCCAGCGCAAAGGACGAAAAGUCGACUCUGGUAUCAGCUUUACUUCUUCUGAGCGCCCCUCGACGAGUGGAAGCUCCUCCAGCAGUUCUAAAAACUCUACAAAGAACUCUGCACCUCCAUCCCAAAAUAUGCAGCAUAAGGGCUCGAACGGAUCUACUCUAGAAAAAAUCGCACGGGAAAUCAAGAAACUAAAAUCCCGCGGCGACCUAAGAGACGCAGCCAAGGAGCCUAAACGGCCAAACACUGUUAAGAAAAUCAAGUCGUCUGGCCUCCUCAGGGAAACUAUGCGUGGCCUGUCCAUGAGCGACGAGCCUACUUUUGACCCAGACAAGUUCAAGCAACAGAGAAAACAGUGGGAGGCAAAGAAUGCACACAAGCUCAGACAAGCAACUGAGUGA